UCAGGGGAAUAAAGAGAAAUGACUUAAGAGAUGGAAAGGUUAAAAAGUUAGGAAAUGAGAGAUGGCCAUUGGUUCAUAGCCUGCAGUGAAAUUACUGUGUGAUCUGAUACUCUUACACGGCAGAUGAGGUUGAGCUGGGUCACUGCUUGGAUGGGAGACCUCAAAAGAAAUCCUAGGCCUUGGUUACACUGGACAGUUGCAGCACUGGUGGUGGCUUUACAGCGCUGCAACUUACUCACCGUCCACACUUGCAAGGCACAUACAGCGCUGUAUCUUCCUGGCUACAGCGCUGCAUGUACUCCACCUCUGCCUGGGGAAUAAUGACUGCAGCGCUGGUGAUGCAGCGCUGCUCCGCCAGUGUGGCCACCAAAAGCGCUGUUAUAGGCCUCCAGAGGUAUUCAGAGAUAUCCCAGAAUGCCUGCUCAGCCACUCUGCUCAUCAGUUCAAACUCUACUGCCCUGGCCUCAGGUGACCCGUCCUUUAAAUGCCCCGGGAAUUUUAAAAAUCCCCUUCUUGUUUGCUCAGCCAGGUGUGGAGUGCAGUCAGUGAAUCUUUCCAGGUGACCAUGCCUCCACGCGCCAAACGAGCCCCAGCAGGGAGCAAUGGCAAGUUGCUGGACUUCAUCAGUGUUUGGAGUGAGGAAGCUGUGCAGUCCCAGCUGUGCUCCAGCUGUAGGAAUUACGAUACCUAUGGGCAGAUAUCAAGGGCCAUGCUGGAAAGGGGCCAUGACCAGGAUGCGGUGCAGUGCAGGAUUAAAGUGAAGGAGCUGCGGAGUGCCUAUUGCAAAGCCCGUGAGGGAAACCGCCACUCUGGUGCUGCCCCCACGACCUGCCAUUCUUACAAAGAGCUGGACGCGAUACUUGGGGGUGACCCCACCGCCAAGGACCACAAUGGACACUUCAGAGCGGGGGGGGGAGAGGUGGAGGAGGAAGAGAGGGAGGAGGAAACCGAGAGUGAGGGUACUGGGGGGGAGACACCCCGGAGUCCCAGGAGGCAUGCAGCCAGGAGCUCUUCUCAAGCCAGGAGAAAGGUAGCCAGUCGCAGCAGCUGGUACUUGGUGAAGGACAAGCAGAGGAGCGGGUUCCCGCAACCUUGAGUUCUCAGCUGCCCGUGUUAACAGCAGCUCAAAGACUCCAAAACCUGCGGAAGAAGUCGCGAAAAAGCAAAGACGACCUGCUGCAAACAGUUAUGGAUCACUCUGCCAGAGAGAAUAAAAAACUGCAGGACUGGAGGAAAAGAGAAAGCAGGAUCUGCCAGAGAAAUACAGCGGCCAGGAAGAAAAGUAUAAAGCAGCUGAUAAG